CUCUCUCUCAGAAACACAAUGACCAAACUCCUCCUCUUUUCGUGAAUUCUGCUGCCCUGUUUUUUUCACUGGCACUGUCCUGACUGAGUGCUGAGCAGGGACCAACGGUGGAUGAGGGAGAGCAUCAUCCACAGCAGUUGGGCGCAGGACCGAAGCAUGCCCCAGGGCAGCCAUGACUUGCUCGGCUUCAGACAGCGAGAAGAUUGUGAUAAACUGCGGCGGGAUCCGACACGAAACCUACCGGAGCACUUUGAAGACAUUGCCUGGGACGCGUUUGUCUUGGCUGACCGAGCCCGAUGCCUUCAGCAACUUCGAUUACGACCCUAAGUCGGACGAAUUCUUUUUCGACCGCCAUCCAGCUACCUUCGCUUUCAUCCUAAAUUACUACCGCACCGGUAAGCUCCACUGUCCAAACGAUGUCUGUGGACCAUUAUUUGAAGAGGAGCUCGCCUUUUGGGGCAUUGAUGAAACUGACGUGGAGGCGUGCUGCUGGAUGAACUACAGGCAGCACCGCGACGCAGAGGAAGCCUUGGACAGCUUUGAGACUCCGGAGCCAGACGUACCUGAGGAUGACCCGGCGCUCACCGGCGGAGUGGAUGGAGACCUAAAGCGGCUUUGCAUGCAGGAGGACGGCCGCAAAGCGACUUGGUGGGAAGUAUGGCAGCCCAGAAUGUGGGCGCUGUUCGAGGACCCUUACUCCUCCAAAUACGCCCGGUAUGUGGCCUUGGCCUCACUGUUCUUCAUCCUUCUCUCGAUCUCCACCUUCUGCUUGGAGACCCAUGAGGCUUUCAACACCAUCUACAACAAAACAGAGAAUGUCACUACUGGCAACAUAACACAUGAGGAGAUUGUAUAUGAAGUUGUGACAGAUGGCUGGCUGACAUAUGUGGAGGGUGUCUGUGUCAUCUGGUUCACCAUUGAGGUGGUGGCCCGGGUCAUCUUUUGCCCUGACAAGGCAGAGUUCUUCCGUAGCACCCUUAACAUCAUAGACUUUGUGGCUAUUGUUCCCUUUUACCUGGAGGUAGCACUUAGUGGCCUAUCCUCUAAAACAGCCAAAGAUGUGUUGAGCUUUCUACGUGUGGUACGUUUUGUCCGUAUCCUGCGUAUAUUCAAGCUAACCCGCCAUUUUGUCGGUUUACGGGUUUUGGGCCACACUUUGCGGGCAAGUACCAAUGAGUUCUUGUUGCUAAUCAUUUUCCUGGCGCUGGGCGUCCUCAUCUUUGCUACUAUGAUCUAUUAUGCUGAACGUAUUGGAGCUGACCCUAAGGAUCCAACUGCUGCAGCCCACACCAACUUUAAGAACAUUCCCAUUGGCUUCUGGUGGGCUGUGGUGACAAUGACUACUCUUGGAUAUGGAGAUAUGUACCCGGAAACAUGGUCGGGAAUGCUAGUGGGUGCCCUAUGUGCCUUGGCUGGUGUGCUAACCAUUGCUAUGCCUGUGCCUGUUAUUGUCAACAACUUUGGGAUGUACUACUCGCUGGCCAUGGCAAAGCAGAAGCUUCCAAAGAAAAGGAACAAGCACAUCCCAAGAGCGCCACAGCCAGGAAGUCCUAAUUACUGCAAGCCAGAUGCUCUGGCAAUGGCAACUGCUUCUCCACAUAGAUUAAUGGGCAAUGUAAUUGGGCCAGGCUUGGUGGAAUCUGGAAGCAUGAUAGGUACUGGAGACUGUCCAUUGGCACAGGAAGAGAUCAUUGAAAUAAACAGAGCAGACUCUAAGCAGAAUGGUGAUGCAGCUGCCAAUGCAGCAGCUUUGGCCAAUGAGGACUGUCCCACCAUAGACCAGGUUCUUGGGGAUGAGCGCAGUCCAGUCACUGGAGGACUUGGCUCUAACACCAGCCGUGAACGGUACCCACACGACCGUGCCUGCUUUCUUCUGAGUGCUGGGGAGUUUCAGCGAACCACAGAUGGGAACGUUCGGAAAGUGCUGAGCUUCUAACUCAACCAACACUUUCUCAUCAUGAAGAGGACAACAGUAAAUAUCUCAAGUGCUGCUGUUCCACUUUUUUCCUAAUAUGUUCAGUGCAGAAACUGAAAAAUUAUCAAGGUGAAAAAAUGGACUUUUACUUUCUCACUACUUCCAUUAUCAUAUUCUACAGAAAAGAGGUAUGAGCCCUUCAAAUCCUUCCUCCACUUUUAAAGCAAACGAAGCACAGAAGAAGCUUCACAAAUGAAUAUCAUGAGUGUUGGGUCUGGAGGUCACUAUUUCCACAGCUCCAUAUAUUUAUUGCUUUACAGAUUACAUAUUUUGUUUGAAGGAUCCCCAUCAUAUCUUUUUUUUCUGUAGCUGUUGGAUCAGUUCAGCUCCACUGAGGACAAUAAAAGCUGAGCUAAGCUUCCUGCUGCUCCACUCCCAACUGAUCUGUACUCAGCUACCGGACCUAGAAGAAAACGCUGAAGUCUAGUAGGUUUCAGAAAAUACAAGCCAUCUCUCCAAACUUGAUAUUUUGAAUGUCUUCAUGACAUGUCCCUAAAGUCCUAAUAAUGUCCAUUUUCAAAAAACUUUGACAAAAUUUAACCAAAGAAAGACACUUGGAUGGACAAAUCAGAUGGUACAAGCAGGAACUCAUUCAAAUUAUCAUAACAAGCAAGAGUCUUUCAAUGAGGAUUAAGAUUUAACUGGAUCAUUUUUGCUUUUUCCAACAUUAUGAUAUCUUUCCAUACCACCUCCACUAUCUUCUCUGCAACUCAGCAUUGAAGCUGCUCCUCAUCUCCAGGAAAUGUUGCAUGGCAUGAAUUGAAACAAUUUAAAACAGGAAAAUGCAAUCAGAGGAAUGAAUAAAAUCCAGAGAAUAGGUCAGUGGGUGAAAUAUUAUAUAUUUUUCCACUUAGUAAUUUUAGAAAAAAAUGCAUAUUUUGCCUUGAACCCCACAACUUGCUGUUAGAAUAAGAAAAAAUAUAUAUCCUACUGAAAACAGCACUUUCUGGAGACAUAAUGAAUGAAGAAGCACUUCUGUGUCCUUUUUUUCAAAUGAAGAGGAACAGAGAUCUUGCAGACCAUGCUCCUCCCGGAAUGUGAAAGAAGAUAAACUUUAAGACAGCAGGUUGUCAGCAAUAUUAGAACAUCUCUGCUAAGCUAUUCUAGAAACAGAAAUGACAAUGACUUUUCAAGACAUUGUUUACCAGCAUGAAUAUUUUGCAUGACUCCUGCAAGCCACUCUGAUCUCUCCUUAUGAAUAAUAAUUCUAAAAAUUUAAGUGUGUUUACUUUAAACUGUGUUUAAAUGCCACAGACUGUACUGACAAAACAUUCAUUUUUGGAUGUAGUAAGAUCCCUAUACUCAAAAAAUUCUGUGCUUGCUACAAAAAUAGCUACAUCAUACAUGAAAACCCUUUUAAAAAAUGCAAAUAUAUGUUCUGGUAUAUUAGAAUAUUCUAGUACCUUCUUCUGUUACUCAUACUAUUUCCAAUAUGGCUGCUUUUGUACUUCCUCCCCACAGCAGUUCUUCCUUUUUUCCUUCUUGUAGCUUUUACUCAAACUUUGGACUAUACAAUGGCAGCUGUAUGUGCCUGUGCCAGUAACUGGAUGCAAAGAUAUUAUUUUAAACUAAACUGUGCUAUCACUGAUUCUGAGAAUCUGAGCUGAAAGUGUCUGCUGUCCCAUUAUGUGGAUCUUUCUGUCUGACCCUGCUAUCUAUGGUAUUAACCUGUUCCAUGCAUUUCCGAAGGGAAUUUUCCCACCACAACUUUUCUGUUUGUUUAUUUGACUUUAUAUGUCUUUGUCAGGAACUGGGAUUAAUAACUUGAGUACAAUAAUAACAAUAAUAUAUGUUAUGCAAGUAGCAUAAGAAAAGACCCUGAAUUAAGAACUAACACACAGAUGUAGGCAAUAUUUUAGGCAAAUCUAGGUCACAAAGCUGGCAUAGUAUUAACAUUUGAAACUUUUAGUUCAAAUACUUUUCCAGUCCUUCAGUUUCACUGCCAAAGUACACUGCUGGCCACAAAAAAACAAUCACCACCUGCAAACAGGUCUAACUAAGCAAACAGAUACGAGCCUCCUAUAAGAUAAUUACUUCAUGGGCAAUUAUGUUUCAGCUGGCAACAAGUUAUUUACUGCUGCAAUGAGUUGCUUCUCAUUUCAAACUGGAGAGACUCACACAGAGAAAAAUAGCAAAUAGAACGUUUUAUUGACUUAAAUAAAUUAAAGUUCCUUGGCGCUCGGACCCUGGCAGAAGACAUUGUACUGUGAACUGCGAUAAGCUUGAACGAGCAUUAGCGAUGAUGAUUUGAGACGUCUUCCCCCGGGGGCUCAUACACUGGUGGUGGAGGUAGCCUGAAGGAACCAGGAGUAGAGAGGUGGAGAAGGGGUGGAGGUGGGCUGACCACGGCUGGAAAGCAGAUGGUAUCAUGGAUGAAGAUCCUUAUCAACGGAUGACUGAAUGAUGACUGGCUAUGACCAGGUGUGAUUCUAUGCUAAUAGGCAUAGAAUCACGCCUAUUAGCCUCAUCCACCUGCAAUGACCUGCAGGUCAUCGCACAGGUGAUGUCACAGGUGUCACCUGUGACAUCACAGGUGACACCUGCAAUGUCACCUGUGUCAUCGCAGGUGGAUGACACAGGUCAUCCACCUGGUAUUGGAUGACACAGGUGAGGCUAAAGAGUUUUCCUGUUUGAAUUUACAUCUAGCCUUCAUUUCUUAAACAACCUCGUCUAAAGACACAUCCUGUGGUCGUGGAAAAGACGACUGUUUGAGAAGGGUCAAAUCAUGCAUCACACAGCGAAAACAUCUAAGGAGAUUUCUUAAACUACUAAAACUGUGUUAAGAACUUUCCAACGCAUUAUUAAAAACUGGAAGGAAAAUGGAGACCAGUUGUCUUCAAGGAAGAAAUGUGGCUGGAAAAAAAUCCUGAAUGAUUGUGAUCGGCGAUCACGUAAAUGUUUUGGUGAAAUGAAAUCAAGGAAAAACAGUAAAACUCCGGCCUAUGUAGUAAAAGUGAAAAUAUUUCCACACGUAGAAUAUGAAAGGAAGUCAAGGGACUGGGUCUGAACAGAUCUAAAGCCUUAAAAAAACCACUGAUCAGUGAAGCUAACUGGAAAAAAAAGGCUUCAAUCUGCUAGGGAGCAUAAAGAUUGGACUCUGGAGCAAUGGAAGAAGGUCAUGUGGUCUGAUGAGUCCAAAUUUACUCAGAGUUCCAGAGUGGUGGGUGCAUCAGAGUAAGAAGUGAAGUAAUUAACCAUCAUGCCUAUUAAUUACUGCACAAGCCUGUGGGGGCAGUUGCUGCAGUUGGUCAGGUCCAGGUUCAGCAACAGCAUGUGCUCACAGAAGGAGGUCAGCUGACUACCUGAAUGUACUGAAUGACCAGGUUAUUCUAUCACCCCUGAUGGGAGGGGCAUAUUCCAGGAAGGUAAUGCCAGGACUUAUGGGGGGCAAAUUGUGAAAGAAUAGUUCAGGGAGCAUGAGACAUCAUUUCCACACAAGGAUUGGCCACAACAGAGUCCAGACCUUAAUCCCAUGGAGAUGUGCUGGAGAAGGCUUUGCACAGCAGUCAGACUCUACCAUCAUCAAUGCAAGAUCUUGGUGAAAACAUUGUUGUAACACUGGAUAGAAAUACAUCUUGUCACAUUGCAGAAGCUUAUCAAAACAAUGCCGCAGUGGAUAUGUGCUGCAAUCAAAGCUAAAGACGAUCUGACCAAAUAUUAGAGUAUGUGAAUUUUUUUGGCCAGGCAGUGUAUAAACUAGGGUCAUUAACUUGUCUAGAUAUCCAUACAUACAAAUAAAAAAUAUAACAAAAACCUUAGAAAUGAACUCACGGCAUUAAGUUAUCCAAUAAACAAAUGUAUUCCCAACAUUCAGAGAAACUCCUUUAUUUAUUGUCAAACAAGCAGUUAUAUUGUAGUAAGGUUUCCAUUCAAAUUCAGAUCUUGCUCUUAGGUUUUCCCUGAAAAAGGCAUGAAUUUCCUCAAGCUAUGCAUAACUUGCACAAGUGUAUCAUAAAUACAUUUUGUAAAUAAGCAACGAGUCCAAAAACAGUACAAAAUUUGUGUAAGAAGUCAACUGAAGAACCUGAGAAUAUUCUGUGUGCAAACAAAAACUCUCUGUCAGGAAGUGGGAGUGAAAUGUUUUAGAGGAAAUGGAAAAUUCUAGCUUUGUUUUUUUUUUUGCUUUGUUACCAUCUCAGAGUGGAAACCAAUUGAUUUGUUUUCAUUGUGUUAAAAAGACAACAGUAUAUUUUCCUAAAAUGAGUUGGGUCUGUUAGCUGCUAAUUCACUGAAGUACAGCAAUUAAUAAGAAAAUAAAUUGUGCAAUAAUAAUAGAGGCAGAAAUGUUGAGUAAAAAACAAAACAAAAAAACUUGAUAAGUUGAGAGGAUAUUGAUUUGGCCAACUACCCACAGCAUUUCAUCAACCUUCUGGAUAGAUUGAGAACGAUUUAUUGAACAAUAGAUUGAGAGCCAUUUAUUUUUAGAAUUAUUUGAUACUCUAAUUUCACCUGAAGAUUUGUAUAAUUUAUAUGUUCUGUAUCAUGUAGUGUUUGGUUUGUCUGAGGGUGCUGUGUGUGAGCUGUUCUGGAGUCAUGAUAGCAAAUUUAUCGGAAACUUUAAAGUGAAAUAGAGAGUCCAUGUCAACAAUGAGGGUGCAGGUCUAUUCAUCUCUUUGCCUUUGCAUAAUGUGUAAUUUUGGUCCUUUCAUAAGAACGGGGUAUCUACCACAGGACAUUUCAUACUAUGCAUUCAUUUCUACCCAUCAUGGAUAGAAAUGAAUGUCACCAAUGGUUUCAAGUCAUUGAUGACUUGAAAUCAUAAUCAAAGACUAGUCCUAAUCUACUGUAAGAAAAUACAAAUAUCUGUCUGCAUGAAGUAAUCUACUUUGAUUUGAUCAAAAUAUUGAAACAUAAUGAUACUUCAAUCAGCAAGCCCAAAUGGGGAUCAGAACUAGGUUUCUAUUAAGGUUUCUUUAAGUCCUUGGAAAAUAGAUAAAUACAUUCAAAUAAAUGUAAAAUUCUCUUUAUAAUUCACCAGAACAUUUAACUACCUAGAAGUAUAACCUGAUACCCAAUGGUUGUGUAAAUGAAAUGGUGUGCUGAGUGGUAUGUCAGUGGUAUGUCAGGUGACUGAGUCAAAAUGGCACCUCGUGUAUGGAUUGAGGUAUAAAUUGGCAAAGGGGUAAAUUGACCUGGAACCUGAAAAUAGUCUCAGUAUUCUGUUUUGUUUUUAUUUGUUCUUUUAUCAUGUGUAUAUCUUUUAUUUUGCACCAGAUAAACUUUCAAAACAUCUUACCUAAAUUUUCCUCCCCAACGUCUUGCUUUCCUCUAAGGAAGUAAAUAAUUAUUAAAAAUCUCUCGACAGUAAUACACAAGAAAUUAUGUUAAAUAUUUCUUUGCUAAGGGCUAUAGAAGUCUUUCUAGAAUUCUAGUACUUUUGGUAAACUUGCUAUAAAAGUAUUUCCUAAUGUUUUGCAAUGAAGGUUAUACAAAAUCUUCGCUUAAAAUAUUUAAAUCAGGGUUGAUUUUGGUUGGGUAAAUACUAAGAAAACACUCAGUAAUUUGUGUCCUUUGUGUAUUUGAAUAAUUGCAAACCUGUUCAUACAUCUGCAAGCAAGAUGAAACUUUGAGUUUCAGAAAGACACUGGAAUGAUUCCAGUUUGGAAACUGGAGUUCCAUUAAGGUUUGCAAACUUUAAACUAUAUGAUAUCUGCUAAACAUAAACAGUAACAUUUACUUGAUUUGCAACAAGUCUAACUAAAUGAAGUGAUAAAAGAUUGAUUUUGCUGGUUUUGCUGUUAUUUUAUUUUUGCUGUUAUAUUUGCAUAUUUCUUUGUAUUAUAUGGAGGGUUAUAACAAAUGGCAAUUAACUAAAUCAACAGAGAACAACUCUCAGGAAUAUUUUGUAUUAAAAUCAGACAUACAGUGUGAAAUACUAUGAUGCUGCUGUAUAUAUUUUCAAGAUCAUUGAUGCUAACUUCAGAUGAAUAUUCUGAUUAUUUCAAGCUGUUAAUCUGGAUCUGCCCAACUUUCUUGAAGUCUUGAGGGUAGAUAUUUCAGUCGAAGCUGUAUCGAGCUGCCCCUUCAGACCGCUCCAAUGUGCUUCACCUUCUAAAGGAUCUAAAAGGAAGUUCCAACUUAUUAUGUUAAAUUUAUCAAGUGAAUGUCUUCAUUUCACAAUACUGUUCUGUAUUUUCUUCAAGCAGAAAAACAUCUGAACAUCAGUGACAUCAUUUUUGCUGCAUGUAAUUUUAAAACUGUGAUCACAAAUAGAACAAUAAGUGCAUCUAUAAAGACUUUAAACAAAAGCAUGCACUGAACAUACUUAAAAGCCUAUGCAAGAACUAAGUUUAGCUUUUGGUUAUUGCUUUCCAAGAAACACCUGGUCAUGUGUCAGAAAUGUCUUGGUUAGUUCAGUAAGGUGGAAGAAUUUCAGAUUGUAGUGACUUACAAGUGCAGCCCUAGCUUCAUUUAUUGUUUUCUGUCAAAAAAAAUGUUCAAAGUUUCAGAAGAUAAAAUCUUCUGUAACUUCGUCGGUUGUAAAAAGAGCCUCACCAUCUGCUGUAUCAGGGGAUGUGAAAGGAAGGCAGAUUUCAGAAGAGUAAGUUUGUUUACAAGAUUCCCAUCAUGCUUGUGUUUUGUCCAACUUUUAUACAUUUCACAUUUAUGCUCAAUGUAUUUGUGUUUAGUUUUAUGUGUUAAAAUGUGUGUUUGUGCAAAAACAUUUAAAAAGAAUUCUCAGGAGGUAACCAUUAGGUUGAAUUAGAUAAGCCAUGAACUUUUACUUUGAGCUAACCUAUAAUAUAUGUUUGAUUAUAAUUAUCAUAAUGGAAAAAUAUUUAAAUAAUGGAACCUCAUUAUUUCCAAAUCACUGUAAAGCAUUUUUUAUAGUUUAUUCCUCACGUCAAGUGAAUUUACCUUAUGUUUGGUUUUCUGAAGAAAUACAGUGAAGCUGUCCAAAAGUGUGUGUGACCCAUGCAAGUUCUCUGACAUCCUGAUAAUAAUCUAAUAUAUUAAAUGAUCACUGUUCAUUUAGACUCAGAAUUUUCAAGUCACUGGUCAGUUGUCAUUGUUCAUUUAAAUCAACGUAUCUGUGAUAAAAUGGACUUUUAGUUUUAAAUUUUGCAAUAAGUUCCAGCAGUAAUCUCUCUUCUGUAUGACUUCAAGUUGAAGGAAAGGCAAAAUGUUUGACCUCAUCCCCUUCAUGUGUCCGUCUCUUGCUCCUGAGCCAUAAGUUGCUAUGUUUGAAUUUGUUUUCUACAAAAUGCAUGUGCAGGACACUGACUGAACUGACCUUAAUGUAAAUGUUCUUUUGAAAGGAAGUCUUUCCUCUGCUGAUAAAAAAGUUGUCUCUUCUUCUUUUCGUUGUCAGAGGAGAAAGCAAUUUUAUGGAUUAACAGGAGUACACAGUGUCAGAAAAGUGUGCAAAUGGAUUGAGCUUCACAAGUUUUGUGGAGAUUUUAAUAGCAGAUUGAAAUGGAGCAGAUGAAUGUCUCAGUUUAUGUUAUACUUCAGCAGUGCUUUAAGUGGGACAAAAGACAUGCUGUUAGGUAGAUCUGUCUAUUCACAUAUAUAUCAAUGGUAUUAUUGUACAGAAAUGAGAAAGAAACAAAUUUCAAAGUGUAAUGGAGCCACUUUGAUUAUCUUAAAGCCUCAUGGUGUUAAACAAAAAAAACAUUCAAGAUAUAAAAUAAAAGCUUCUUAAAGACGUAAAGAAGUGAAAGACUUGAGUUUUUACUAUUAUGGGCAUAUAAAAUUUAUAUUACCAAUGGAAAAACUAAGACUCAUUUAACAUUUCCAAAAUUCCCAUUCCACUGUGGGGUAAUAUUUAAAAGUGCUUCUACUGCGUACUGAUGCAUGCCGGCCCACUUAAAGCACUGACUUUCAGAAUAAAAUUUGACAUAGUCAUGGUAUUUUUUACCUGCUUCCUUGUCCUUAUUUUUACAGUCCUGCUAUUAUAAUUUUUAAAUAAAAUAUAAAUUGUAUGUUUGCCCUGUUGUUUUGUGAUCACAAUAAAGAGACAGAAAAUAAAUUACCUUAAUGAUGAGAAGCUUCCUUCAACUAAUGAAUAAGUUUAUGCAAUAAAGAUACUGAAUCUGAGUAUAUUGUCAAAACACUCGAGAGAAAAAAGUACAAAGUAUCUUCUUCCACUGUAUACAAUGUAUUUUGAUUGAAUGUCUAGCCUGGUAUUUACAUUUUCUAUUUUUAAACAUGUAAAAAUGAAUACAAAUGUUGAAAAGAGACUUAUAAAAAGCUACGAUGUAAUAGAAAACACCAAGUUCUGACUGAAUGCUGAUUUACUUGAUCAACUACCGUUUUAAAAAAAUAGGAAGAAAAAAGGAAAUUAAGUAUACAAUAAUUAAAAAAAAUGUUUGGAAAAAAAUAGCACAUUCAGUUGAAUGAGAAAACUUCAGACAACAAAUAAAAAUAUGACUAAGAAAUUUUC